AUGGCGGCAUUGGGCAGGGAGUCGGUAUUACUGCCGACCAUCAAGUGUUCGCAAUGCGGCGCCCAGGUCGAGAUAUCAAUGAUGGGGGAGCAUAUCUGCAGCCCUUCAGAACCAGCGGAGAAAAGUAUGCCGAUCAACAUGACCGAUUCGACUUUAAAAUACGUGCUGACCAGAGGCCCAGUAUCGCCGUUAUUAGAGAAAUACGAUACCAUGAGCCGCCCACCUGAUCCGGCUCCACCAACAAAGCUUGGCCGUAAACCUUUGCCUGUGAACACUGGCAUUGCCAAUAAAUUAUAUGCACCUCCCACCACCAGGUCGCUGGACACCACUCCAAUCGAUUCACAGGAGCGACCAUCUUCCAGCGAGAGUCUGGAACUCCCGCCGGGCCAUAUUGAUGCACUCAACGCAACCUGGGGAAGCGCAAAAUCUACGCCCACGUUGGGCUGGGGCUUUGGUCAGAAAGAUGGCUAUACAACAGAGCCGAUUCCGAGCCCAGGUGUUGCGAGUGCUGGAUUUCUCGAGCGAAUGAACACCAUUGCCCCAGGCCCGUUCGAUGCCGAUCGGAGGCCGUCACUUAUUGAACAAUUUCCGAAGGCGCCCAAGGAUUCCCUCUCGCCGGUCUCGAUCAACUUGGAACGACCUGAUAGCGGCCAUGGAUCGAGGUCGUCAGUUUCCUCAGACGAACAUUACGAUGCUUCCUUGCCGCCAAAAUCGCCCAUGAAGACGACCUACGAUGGCUUCGGUCCACCUGCAAGAGUAGAGGGAGCGCUGACUCCUCCGCCGUUGGGGAAUAUCACCCGUUCCGAGACCUUUCCCAAGGCUUCGAAAUCAACAGACGCCCCCGCACGCACGCCGUCAGCUCCAGGAACACGAAAUGACCGCCUGGGCGCGCAACCAGAGGCCCAUAGCCGGAAACCAUCUAUGGGACCAGUGACAUCUCGCAAACCGCCGCCGCGCAAGAGCUUGAUCCAACCCGCUUCUAUGAAUAUGGCGUCUGUUGAUCUUGCGGCCGAGUUUGGCAUCAGCAAUCCGUACCAUACCCCUUCAGAUUCCGCAUCCUCAGGUUACUCUGGGUUCAGUCGACCCAGUUAUGCGAGCUCGCGAACAAGUUCAGCAGGCUAUCAAGCUCAAGGCCAAGCCUCGAGUGAUUCUAAUAUCGACAAAUUAAUUGGCGACGUGCAAAUGUCCAUGGACAGCAUGCAAACAAAGGGCCUCGAGGUCGAUACCGAGGCUUUACCCCGAUCACCAUCCCCCAUAUCCAAAUCACCUCACAGCUUAUCCCCACUUGACGGCCCAAGCCCAAGCUCGCAAAACUAUCGACAUGACGAUGCAAGCAAAGGCUUUUCGAACCACCUCAUGACGCCGCCAAUGCCAACACCAAUCCCAGCAUCUCGUUCCAAUACACAUCCUCAACUAUCUCCUGGAGGCUCUUACUUCCCACCCGAAAGUCCUCGAUUUGGAACAUCGCCCGAACAACCACUCGCCUCGCCUCGAUCUAGGGGCAACUGCAAAGCUUGUAGCCUUGCCAUCACAGGCAAGAGUAUUUCUUCCGCCGAUGGCCGGCUGACGGGGAAGUACCACAAAGCGUGUUUCGUGUGCACCUCCUGCUCGGAACCAUUCACUUCUGCCGAAUUCUAUGUGCUCAAUGACAAGCCAUACUGUGAGCGACACUACCACACGCUCAACGGUAGCCUCUGCGGGACGUGCGACAGAGGCAUCGAAGGUCACUACAUUGAGGAUGAAGUCUCAACUAAAUAUCACGUUGGCUGCUUCUGCUGUCACGAUUGUGGGCGAUCACUGUCGGAUGGCUAUUUCGAGAUAGCCGGGAAGCAAUACUGUGAGCAAGAUGCUCUAAACAGAAGCCAGCCUCCUCAACCCAGGAGCUUCGGUGGCAGGCCACCUCUUAAUCACAACCCAUACGGGCAGCAAUCAAGACAUGGCCCCUCUCCACUUGGCUCUCCGAACGAAGCACCACAGCAGCGACCAGGUUUCGCUGCUUAUGGAGCAGCGUAUACGGCGUACAGCCCGCGCGGAACUGGACCCAGCUCCUCCCGUCCUGGAUAUGGUCCUCCAGCUGCAAUGCGAUCCGGCCCAGGUAUGGGCCUUUCACCUAAUGCAUAUGGGCAAGGUCCCCCAAUCAUGAACAAACGCUCAACGAGACUGGGCUUGAUGUCAUGA